UAAACGUGUCGCUCCAUUCUGCUUGCUUGGCCUUCGUUGAUGGGCUUAUCGUGGGUGCUGGACCAGUAGAGCUGAUGUUCACUAAUCAUGCACUCGCGACUGGUCACUGCUGGGAUUCUUGUUAAAAUUGUGUGUCUUCUUUACUACGGUACUUGUGCCAACUUUAUCUCAGACCGCCGAAAGUAUCAACAGGACAACGGCCGCACGCGGGCCCGGUCACGGUAUUCAACGAUUGAAGUUCCUCAGGUCGAUUCCACCAUGGCUCUGUACCACAUUGUUACGACACACCAGCCUACUACUACCACAACGUCUGCUCAAGGCUGUCAAAUGCACAUGUGUGUAAGCCAAACCACUAGAGCGCGCAGUACUUGUCGUCGCAGCCGGCUGCCCGUUGUUAAUGUCGAUCUAAAUCAAGGAGUUCUAUAGCCCCGAUCACGAUGGUACAUUCGCAGUACGAGUUUUACGUUAAAUUCUCAUACUAACCUCAUGCUGGAUGCACUCCUGACACAACUACCCCAACAGCUCGAUAUCCCUUUGAGAUCCUGUUUAAUCAAGAAGUUGCCAAGUCAAUCUUUGUCGAAUUCAUGGACACGGUCUAGAUCUCAUAGUCGGCCGUCCCAUGAUGCCUGCUUCUAUCGAGCUGUCCAAUCAUUCGAGGCAACUUUGAACUUGCAGAUACCCCCAAUCAGAUGGUGC